CCCAAGAACUCGAGAGGGUAUUGUUUUCCAGUGAUACGACUUGCGAAGUUUAAAAUAUCUAGACUCCAAGAAAACCAUUGGGUUCAAAAGACCUGUCGAGCUUGACAUUCAUUCAUCAUGCCAAAAAGGUCCAAGCAACGCAACAUGGAUGUCAACAAUUGGUUGAAUAAAACCUAUGAGGUAAAUGAGCCCACUGUGUCAGAGGCAACGAAGGAAAGCUUCCAGAAUGGCCACUGCCAAUCGUCUCCCAACCCCUGUGUUGGUCUGAAGAGCUGCCUGCUCUGUGGAGGCUGCGGCAAGUGCAAGAAAUGCCAGCACUGCGGAGAAUGUGAGCACUGUGAUGGGUGCUUGAACUAUGGAUGGAAAGAGUUCCGAGGUCAAGCUGUUAAAACUUCCGAGAUAAUUCCAUCUACGAACAGAGCCACGAGUGGGGAAAUUCAGAAAGACCUUGACGAACUUUUGGCCGAACAAGCCGAGUUGCGUCAAAUGAAAGCCGAACAUUUCCCAAAGCCGAUACAGUCUUCGUAUAAAAAUCCAAACAACGACGAAGACCUUAAAGAAAGGAUGGACAAGAUGGAAAGAUUCCUCACGCUUAGGACGUUGCUGCAAAAGGUACUCGCGGAUCCUACGGCUUCCGAGGCAGUUAAGGAGCGUACUCGGCCCAUGCUGGCGGAUAUCGAGAGGCGCCUUUAUGAAAAAUUGGGCCGUGGCCGUGGCUUUGGCAAUGCAAUGGAAGUUCAGGAACAGGCCUUCAUUGAGAGGAAGAUGGCCAGAGUUUCCAGCGAGGAGGAUUUGAUGAGCACGACUCCGCGUUUUCGCGUUGAGCGUAUUAUGAAACAUCUCGAAUGGUUCAACAAAUUCGGCCCGCGAGUCUUCCCUCUUAUUGACAAGGACUUGGCAAAAGAGUUGAGGGCUACCUCAGCCAAGGCUCCUGCCAGCUCUUUUCCCUCUGCCGGCGUUUCUGAGGAUGAAUUGUUUGAUGAAAUUAGCCAGAGCUACGUUGAAAAAGCCAAAAAGCGACGUCAGCAACGCGCUCAAUACCUAGCUGAUGUAUCUUCCAUUCAAUAUGAUCAUUUCAUGCCUGCCACCUUUAGUCCCCAGCCGGGGUUGGAUCGUGCCUUUUUCCUUUCACAGUAUGGCUUGGCUGAAAUUAAUAAAGGGGCAAAGCCAAUUGUCAAGGAGAAUUCUCCGGAGAUGGUAAACAGAAAUUCAAAUUCCUUGAGGGAUGAUAUUAGCACUAUCUCUGAAGGAGAGAUGACAGUUAUCAUCACCCGUGGGUCAGCUGCUAAGCCUGCUAAUGAUCCUUCUGACGAGAGCAUGAACGAGACUUGGGAGUUUGUCGAGGAAGACAUUUAUGCGGAGGUUUAGUGACGCUUCGUCAAGUUCCUCUUCUUGAAGUGAAGGAAAUAUUAAGAAUUCUCCUCGGCGUUGGGAC